AACUAACAAGGGGCUGUUUAGUUUCCUAUGGACAGAGUCCCUAUAGUUUCCAGAACCCCACCAGUCUUUUCUCUAUAUAAACAAAACCCCCAAAUCUCUUUGUUCCACAAACCCUUCUUCCAAAACAUCUUCCAAAACUUCCAAUUCUAAAUCAACUAUUUCUUUCUCUCUCUCUCUCUCUCUCUCUCUCUCACACUUAUGGAGCUGAUUCCUGGUCUUCCUGAUGAUGUCGCUCGUGAUUGUCUUGUUCGUGUCGUGCACAGGCAGUUCUCCACCGUCGUAUCUGUCUGCAAAGCCUGGAGGACUGAGCUUGAUUUGCCGGAAUUUCACCGGCGCAGGAAACUUACCUGUAAUACUCAGAAGCUUGUCGUUAUGGCUCAAGCUCGAGUUGACCGAAAGGAAGAUUCUAAGGUUGUGAAAUAUCGGGUUAGCCCGGUUUAUCGUCUAACCCUUGUUGAACCGGAUACUGGUGAUUGGUGUGAUUUGCCACCGAUUCCUGGGUUUUCCGAUGGCUUGCCGAUGUUUUGCCAGGUGGUGAGUGUUGGGUCCGAUAUUGUUGUUUUGGGUGGGCUGGAUCCGGCGACUUGGGAAGUUUCCGGUUCGGUUUUUGUUUUUAAUUUCGUUUCGGCUGCGUGGCGACGUGGGUCUAGUAUGCCAGCUGUACGGCGAUCAUUCUUCGGGUGUGCAUCUGAUUCUGAUCGGAUGGUGUUCGUCGUUGGUGGACAUGAUGGUGAGAAAAAUGCACUGCGAUCUGGGAUCGCAUAUGACGUGAGAAAAGACGAAUGGGUCCCAUUGCCUAACAUGGCAAGAGAGCGUGACGAGUGCAAGGCUGUUUUCCACAGUGGCAAGCUCCACGUCAUUGGAGGGUACUGUACUGAAAUGCAAGGUAGAUUCGAGAAAAAUACUGAGGUGUUUGAUUUUGCCACGUGGAAGUGGAAUGAUAUGCAAGACAAUUUCUUAGAAACUGCCAUGUGUCCCAGAACAUGUACGAGUGGCGAUGAUGGGAUGUACAUGUGUCAUGCAGGUGAUGUGCUGGCACUUAAAGGCACAAUGUGGCAAGCUAUUGCCAAGCUUCCUUGUGAUGUAAGCAACAUUGCUUUUGUGGAAACAUGGCAAGGCAAGUUAUUGGUGAUUGGCUCAGCGGGAUUCGGUGAGCCCCACAUGGCUUAUGUGUUGGAUUUGCAGAAGUACAGGUGGACAAAAAUGGGAACGCCUGAACAAUACUCCGGGCAUGUUCAAUCAGGUUGUUACCUGGAGAUUUAAGAGACGGACUGUUAGAAUGUAAAUACAAAGGGUAUUGUUGCUAAAUGCUUUCAAUUUGAGCGUGGGAAAAUUAUUAUCUUAGAUCUGUUUCAUUAUAUAAUAGAAUUUACGGGUUUGUGCUUUUAA